UACAAUUCUGAUGAUAAUCCAGUAGUAGAACAAAAGCGCAAAGACAUCGAAUUGCUCCAAGUUAUUGAUCAUUCUCAAAUUGAACAUCCAGAAAUUGAGAAAUUCUUUUAUGAAGAACAUCCAGAUAUUGCUGAGUUAUCCGAUGAAUGUGUCAAGGAAAUACGUCAGGAACUUGAUAUGCAUGUGUCUGGUGCUGAUGUUGCGAAGCCUAGCAUUUCCUUUGCACACUUUGGCUUUGACGAGGCCUUACUUAACGUUAUUAUUAAACAUGGAUACUCGGAACCAACAGAAAUUCAGAAGCAGGCGGUACCUGUUGCAAUGUCCG